UUUGCGGGGCGCGCAGCUUGCGCCGGUGCGUGUGGAUUUUCGGGCUCCUUCUGCAGAGCGCGCACACGCGCUGGGCAGGGGGUGUGCGUGCCUCGGGUGGUGUCAUAUAUAUAUAUGCAUAUAUAUAUUUUUUGUUGUUAAAAUUCCCGUGGUGGGAAGAAGGCACGGAGCCCACUGAGGGAGAUGCUCCCUGCGCUCAGCCCCCUCGGACCAGGCGGCCCGAUGAAAGCUCUGUGUCAUUCUCGUAAUUAUCGCAUAAUUGCCUCCUGAUGGGUUAGGGACAGCGGCGACAAACUAUAUUUGGGUGGAGGGAGGGAGAAAAAAAAAAAAACGAGCAAGCGUCCCAGAAGUCUCCCGAGCCAACCUUAUUACUCCAACGCUGUUACUCAGCGAAAAGAGAGAGAAAAUAUUUUAAAGCCUUUCUGCUUUGCUACGGGGGGGCAUACGGGAGCGGGGGCCCCGGUUCAGCCCUCCGCCCGGCUCGUCCCCACAGUCCUGGCAGCGCGGCCCCGGGUACGGGCAGGUGGAUGCUAUUCAAAGCGCCAGUUCUGCUGCCAGGAGCCGCUCGGUGAGACACCGCGGCAGGAUGGAGCCCGUCCUCGGCAAGACCUCGCUUGUCUCCCACAAACCGCUCUAUAGAGAAUAUGCCACUUCGAAGCGGAGACAUUGAUUUAAUGCCUUGGGCUUGUGCACAGAAAAUAUCAAUCGACCGACAGCGAUAAGGCAGCGAGUUUCACAUAUCAGCUGAGGAGCACAGACCGUGUGUAAUGGAAAUAUUCGGGGCGUGGGUAGUAAAAGGGCUUAAACGGAGCGCCGCGGCUCCCAGCCUCUCAGAGAUAAGGAGCGGAGCCCGUCACGGAGACUGAGUGUGCCCCACCGCCACCGGGAGCGUGUUCUUUCCUUUCCUCGCUGCAGGCGAGUGGUGGGCAAUGACCCGCUGGCACCGCAGGGAUACGGCUCCGGGCAAAAAUCAGGGUCCUUGCCUCAGCGGGCGCAGCUCUCUGCGUGCAGUGUAAUGCUCGGGAGCCAACAGAGGGAAGUGGAGCCCCGUACUUUCCGCCCCACUUUAAUCCCACGCUCAAGAAGCACCCGGCAACAGUACGAAAAUAAGCUGGAAGAGGGCUCGAUAGGAAAGAGGGCGAAUCCCGAAUCCCCCCCACCCCAUCAGUGUGCUAGCAUCUCCCUCCGGCCGAGUCGCUGCGCUGAUAGAGGGAGGCGGCGGGAGGUGCGGGGAUGUGCCCGUGCCAGAGGUGGGCUCGGCCCCGGGCAUGGCAAAGCGGGACGCGCCGGGCUGCAACCUCCCCGGUCAGCGCCGCUGAUAGGGGCACUUCGCCUUUCGCUUCACGGCUAUUACCUCUGCCACGUGCGACGCAGCGAGACUGGCUCACGGUGCGCAGCCGAGCGGGGAGCGGUGCGGGGCGGUGGGGAUCUCUGCAGACGCACGCAGAGCUCAGGCACCGAGGACCGUAUCCAGGGAUGGGGCCGGCCGCGAUCCCCGCGGCACUGUGGGGCCGGCGCUGCCCCCCCGGCUCCGCUCUCCCCCCGGGCACCGCGAGGCCCCCGCAGCGCGGUCCGGGUCCCUCCGGCCCGACACCCCCCCACAGGGCUCGGGGGACAAGUGGAAAUAUACACAGCACACAAUGACCGAGAGAAAAUCACAGCACAAAGGGGCACGGAGCGGCCGCGGGGAGGAAUGCGGGUGCCACACUCCCACGCUGCGAUGCCGGGUUCGGAAAUACGGGAUAACGGCUAA